AUGCUCCCGGCCGUUUAUGUCAAUAUUGAGCACUAUCUCACAUACUAUCCUACCACAACGACACUGUUGACCAUUUUCGUCUGCAUAUCAACAAUAUUCUUGGUCAUCCAGGAAAUAUUAGUGCCAGUAGGCAAACGACGGCCCCCACCAGGAAAGAAAUGGCGCCUGCCUCCAGGUCCAAAAGGUAUACCCAUUUUUGGAAGCCUUCUGGAUCUCAAAUCAGCACGCGGGGAUCCCGACAACAAGAUAAAUCAAGACCUUGCCCGUUACGGCGAGAUGACCACUUUGCAUCUAGGAUCUAAGACCUGGGUUCUUCUUAAUAGCCAACGCGUCGUGGCUGAAAUUAUUGCCAAGCGUGGUUCUCUCACAAAUGGUCGGUCACCAAUGCCUGUUGCCAGCGGCAUAGUGAGUCGAAAUAGCCGAUCCUUAUUACUUCCACCUGAUGGCUGGACUGAAAAGAGGCGUGUUAUGCAUUCCCUGCUCAGUGGUACUGCCUUGAAGGAAUACGCUGCUUGGCAGGAGAUUGAGAGCACGCAGCUACUGGCUGAAUAUCUGUUCCAACCUCAGUCGUGGUAUCGACAUCAUUAUCGCUAUGCAAAUUCUGUGGUCCACCGUAUCGCGCUCGGUGAACGGUUGGUCAAAACAGGCAAGGAGCUUGCAGAUCUUCAAGAUGUGGUGACCCAUUUUAUUGGCAGUAUUGGAUCCAGCUUGAUUGACUGGUUUCCAAAGCUGGACGCUCUUCCGAAGUUUCUUCAAGUCUGGCGCGGGCAUUGGGAAAGAUUGGAUGAGUGGAACAACGGGGUGUAUCGCUCAUGGUGGGAGCCUGUUCGUAAACAGAUCGACGCAGGCAUUGCGCCACCAUCUUUCGUCCGUGAUGUCCUUCUCCAUGAAGACACCAAAUUUACCGGUGAUGAUCAAGAAGCCAUGUAUGUUGCGAUGCAACUUAUCGAGGCGGGCAGUGAUACUACACGCGAGGCUUUGAAUAUUUUUGUGAUGGCCAGUCUCUGCCACCCGGAAGCUUUUCAAAAGGCGCGUCAAGAAGUUGACAGUAUUUGUGCAGCUGAAGAGGCCGCUUUAAGACUUCCUAUGAUGAGAGAUAUGGAAAAAAUGCCCUACAUUUGUGCGCUGAUUAAAGAGGUCCUGCGGUGGAGGCCAAUCUUUCCCUUCACACCGGAUCACGUUCUCACGUCUGAUAUGGAAUUCGAAGAUUACUACUUCCCAGCUGGCGUGGGAUUUGUCAUAAAUGGUAUCCCUGUCUGCAAUGAAUGUGAGGAUCCAGAUAUAUUUAAGCCAGAGAGGUGGCUCGAUGGGCACGAAAUCGACAUAGCACACGGCCUCUGGCAGUUUGGAGGAGGACGGCGUAUUUGUGUCGGAUAUCGUCUCGCGCAGAGAGGCCUUUUUCUUAAUAUUGCUCGGCUGGUGAUGUGCUAUGAUUAUACAGCGGUAAGCUCUCUAUUCUCGCCACUGUGUAUCAAAAAUGACUGA